UCUGUCUUCUUAUAUAGGGUUUUCAUUCUCUCUGUCUUUUCAUAUCAAACCAAAUCCAAUCUCCUUCUCUCUUCAAUCUUAAUUAAUACUCGAUCAUCAACAUCAAUUUCAACCGCUUCUCCUUCUCAAAUCUUGAAUUGAUUCGAUGGAGGAGGGAGACAGCGGCAGAAUUCCGGUGAUCAAGAUAAAAAUCCCAAAGAAGGCGGAGGAGGAAGAGGGUGUUCCGAGCCACUACUGCAAGGAAUGCGACCGGAGCUUCAGCUCAGGGAAGGCGCUGGGAGGGCACAUGAGCUCUGCGCAUGUUCAAGCUAACAAGGAGUACUCGAUGAGGAAGGCGAUGAGCUUCAACUCCAAAUCCAAAUCAUCAUCGCCUGGAUCUCCUUGUUGCUCCUGCGGAAUCUGCGGUAGGGUUUUCCAGUCGCAGAAAUCCCUCUUUGGCCACAUGCGGUGCCACCCCGAGCGGGAUUGGCGCGGGAUGGAGCCUCCAUCGACGCCGCGAGACGCCAAAUCAGAAUCGUCGGAAGAGCUAGGGUUUUUCAGUGGGAAGCCUUGGCCUACUUGCAAGAGGGGGCGGCCGGCGGUGGAGAAGGAGAAGGAGAAGGUGGAUGAGGUGGAGGAGAUGUUCAAGGUGGCGGUGCAGGUGCUGGCGAGAGGGAAGAUGGAAAGGGAGUAUCGGUGCGAUACGUGUGGUAAGGUUUUCAAGAGCCACGAGGCGCUCGGAGGGCACCGGGCCAGCCACAAGAAGUUCAAGAUGUCGAUCAUCAACACGAGCACCCGCCAUCUCGAGCCCAAGAAGAUGCCAAGGACCAAGAAGAAUAAGAUGAUGAUGACUAAGCCUGAUUUUGUCACUAGUGAUCCUGGUCCUAGUGAUCAUGUUGAUGGUGAUGCUGAUUCGGCCUCGGCCUCGGGCUUUCUCAUUGAUAUCGAUCUGAACAUGUCUCCUCCCGAGGAGGAGGAGGUCGAGGACAAGGGCAUGGAGGACUCUUGGAAUGAUAUGCGGUAGCAGUCUAGUUCAUUACUUCUAUUAUGUGUUUCUGUUUCUAGGUUUUGUUUUUGCUGUUUUUUUGGUGAUAGUGAGAAGAGACAUAGCAAUUCAAGUUGCAUAGUUCCAAUUGUGGUGAUAAACCCCUUUGUUUCCUCUAGCUCUACUCACUAAUAAUGCUACCAAUUUCAACUUUGUUGUUCCAA